AUGAUCUGGGCGGUUUGGUUCAGCAGUAUGGUCCUUGGAUGUUUGGCUUGGGGGUUUCAACGGCAGUACAUCGAUCCAAGCUUUGGCUUCUACUUCUCCGUUGCUCUGUUUUGGGCCAUUCAAGUCCAAUUCCUUCUUCAGAUCAUCCUUAACCGACUCGGUCUCCUGAUGGCUGUUCCAGGCCGAGCCAACCGUCUCAAAUGGAUCGUAUUUGCAAUCAUCUUAGCAGUCAACAUCAGCGUCUUUAUCAUUUGGAUGCCAGCGCGCCUGCAGAUCAAUGACCAAUGGAUCUGGCUGAACAAUAUUUGGGACAGAUGUGAGAAAGUCAUAUUUGCGCUGGUGGAUGGAGCAUUAAAUGCAUAUUUCAUUUAUCUCGUUCGGUCAAGGCUUAUUGAGAAUGGGUUGACGAAGUAUAUCCCUCUCUAUCGGAUGAAUCUGUUUCUAAUUUUCGUUUCUCUUUCAUUAGACGUUGUGCUGGUUGGUCUCAUGUCUUUGCCAAGUAGCUUGGUUUAUCUCUCAUUCCACCCAGUGUGCUACCUACUCAAGCUCCAAAUUGAAAUGAAAAUGGCCGAACUCAUCACAAAGAUCGUCCGGUCAUCCGGCGCAACAGGCAAAGACAAUGCUUACUACCAUCACUCCAGCGCCAACCAUGCAAAAAGCAUGGCAACAAAUACCAUAACCAAGCCAUCGGCCACCCAUUCCCAUCCAGGUGUCCAUGGAGCAUUUCCCGGAAACAACACGACCCAUACACAGGCUGGUGACCGCGAUAGCUCCAUUGAGAUGCAACUCCAAGGGCGUAUGAGUAUGAGUCAAAGUGGGAUCGUGAGGACAGUUGAGACAACGGUUGCGACUUCACCUGCACAGGUUCACGAUUAUCAUUGUUCAGAUAGCAUAACGAGCUCGACGGCAGGACUGGCUUUUUAG